ACCCUAUAUAACAAAUCGCUUGGUGACCCUUCAUCACUCGCCCCUCUCUCUUCCGCCAUUGAAUCACCUAAACCCUAGUAUUUCGCAACCCUGCCCCUCUCUCCUUGGAGCUCGCUUUCUCUCUCUAGUUUUGGAUCUUGAUUUCGAUCAAUUGCAGGAAGCUUGCUGGUUUAUCUGCUAUUAGCAGAUUCUCAAAGUGAAGGUGUCAAGAUUGAAGUUUCUUUUAUGUCCGAACAGGCCGCCUUCUAUUUGGGAUUGAUUGGGUUGCUAGGAGAGUACUGCCCUUCGUCAAGAAAAAAGAACAGAUCCAUAUUUCAAAGGAUUGACUGUAUGCAUCUCGGGCCAUUUCUGGAAUAUCCUGAGUUUGGUGGUUGCAAUUGGAAGCAACCUUUUCUUACUGCCGAAGAUCAAUCUUCUCUUGUUCAGAAAACCUUAGAAGACAAUUUUGCUGCACCCUACACUUCAAAUCUCAUCAUUUUCUCCCUGUGACAUCCAGUAUACUUGCUCUACAAUUUCUGCAUUGCUAAGAUGGCUUUACAGAACAUUGGUGGAAAUAGUGAUGAUGCCUUCUACAGGUAUAAGAUGCCCAGAAUGGUUACCAAAAUUGAGGGCAGAGGAAAUGGCAUCAAGACAAAUGUAGUCAACAUGGUCGAUAUCGCAAAGGCUUUGGCAAGACCAGCUGCUUACACUACAAAGUACUUUGGUUGCGAGCUUGGAGCCCAAUCUAAGUUUGAUGAGAAAACCGGGACUUCACUUGUUAAUGGGGCCCAUGAGACUGCUAAACUUGCUGGCCUUCUUGAGAACUUCAUUAAGAAAUAUGUCCAGUGUUAUGGUUGUGGAAACCCUGAGACUGAGAUUCUGAUUACCAAAACUCAGAUGCUCCAACUGAAAUGCGCAGCUUGUGGUUUUGUGUCAGAUGUGGAUAUGAGGGACAAACUCACUACUUUCAUUCUGAAGAACCCACCUGAACCAAAGAAGGGAUCCAAGGAAAAGAAGGCGAUGAGGAGGGCUGAGAAGGAGCGACUCAAGGAAGGUGAGGCUGCUGAUGAGGAGCAGAAGAAACAUAAGAAAGAGGCCAAGAAGAAGGGAACUACUACUACCUCUUCUAAGGAUGGCACGACAAAAGCAAGCUCUUCAAAGAAGAAAGCAAGUGGCUCUGAUGAGGAUCGCACAUCACCUACUCACAGUCAGGUUGAUGAGAAGGAAGAAGAUGAUGAAGAUGAGGACGAUGAUGUUCAGUGGCAAACAGAUACAUCAGCGGAGGCGGCUAGGCAACGCAUACAAGAGCAACUGAGUGCAGCGACAGCUGAUAUGGUCAUGCUCUCUACAGAAGAGCCAGAGAAGAAGAAAGCACCAAAUAAACCAAGUGAAAAUGGAAAUUUGGUCGCUCGUAAGACACUGACUGAUGAGGUGAAAGAAAAUAUGAAGAAAGGCAUCUCAGCAAAGCAAUUGCAGUCUGUUCUGGAGUCACUUUCUGAGUCUGCACAAGAAAAGAUGAAUGCUUUGUAUGAGGGACUAUUUGAUGGCAUUCAGAAAGGGUUUGCAAAGGAGGUGGUCAAGAAGAAGAGCUACCUUGCUGCUGCUAUUGCUCAGGAUGAGGGGUCGCAGUUGCUCUUGCUUCAUGCGAUUGAGGAGUUUUGUGGGAAGUCAAACACAAAUGCAAUGAAGGAAAUUGCUCUGGUUUUGAAAGCACUCUACGAUGCUGAUAUCUUGGAGGAAGAGUUCAUUGUCGAGUGGUAUCAAGGAGGACUGAAGGGAGGCAACAAGGACUCUCAGAUAUGGAAGAAUGCUCGACCUUUCAUUGAUUGGCUCCAGAGUGCUGAGUCGGAAUCUGAAGAGGAUUGAUGUGUUCUAAUUUCACUUGAGUGUAACCCUUUUGCUUGCAGAUGUCUACUUGUGCGUCUGGUAUUGGGAAUAAAUGGUUUGUUGUAUUGUCUUUGUCUUGUCGUAGCUAUUCAUCUAGUAGUUGUGGAUUACAAAUUACUGUCUUUGAUGAUGUCUUCCAUGUACUUGCUUGUUUCUUUGUAAUUGUCUGGUUCGAUGUCAAGACAUUAAGUGAAGUUUGUUGGUGUAAAACUUAUUUCUCUUUGAAAGUACGUCUUAUCCUUUCGUUAUCAA